AUGUCAUCUCAGCCCUCGACCAUCGAUAGUCUCAAGAAUACAGUUUCUUCUGUAUACGAGACCGUAGCUAAUAGCGUAUCUGCGACCUCACAAAAUGACGGGUAUGAUCCCAAUCAAGACAAGAAUCAAAUUGGAAAAGAUGCACAUGGAAAUAAGUUUAGGAAGGGUGAUUUCAAAGACAAAUUGAAUCAAGCUGCUCGUAGCGGACGGCCAGAGAAGGAAGAAAGCUCUACAGAGAAAGCUUUAUCAUGGACACCAGACAUGGGCACAUUACAGAAGUCAACCAUGGAACAAGGACCAGAGGAUACGAGUGUCAAGGGCGAUGGAGCACGCCCAACUCGACCCGAGCACGAUGUGCCAAUUGAACAAUUUUUGAGAAAGCAAUACCAUAGCAGAAGUGGGGAUGGGAUUCCAAACCCCGGGGAAAGUAAUUGA